GGGCAGCGCGGCGGCGGCGGCGGCAUGCGUGCGGCCCGGCGGGCGGCGGCGCGCUCCCUCGUCCUCUUCCUGGCCCUGCUGGGGCUGCGGGCUCAGGUACGUGCGGGGGGCGGGAGCGGUUCCCGCGGCGUUUGCUGGAGGGGGUCCCGGAGCCGCGGAGGCUGCGGGGCGGCUCGGCGGGAGCGCGGGCGGCGGUGCCGGCUGUCCUGCGGGGAGGGCAGCGGUCCGUGAGGCGAGGCGAGGAUCCAAGUGCCGUUAGUGCGCAUCGCUUAUUUUCGGGAUUACUUCUCCCCCCCCCCCUUUUUUUUUUUUUUUUUAAUUUGCGUACGUGGGUUUUUGUUUGUUGGUUUUGUUGUUUUUUUUUCUUUCUUACAUCGUGGCUGAGCGCGGGGCUGCUCGUCCCGUCUCGUCCCGUCCCGUCCGCCGCCCCUCCGAGCUGCAGCGGCCGCUCUGCUGCCGGCGCCGCGCUCCCGCUUCGGCUCCGUUCCGUUCCUGAAGGGCUGAGAAGCCUCGCGGAAGCCUUUUAGAUUCGGGGCUUCAUGUUCUUUUUCAGCAUCCGUGCUGCUGGGAUGAUUUACGAGCCUUUCUCGUGGCGUCAGCAUCGGGACAGUUCGAGCUGGAGAUCUUAUCCGUGCAGAAUGUGAACGGCGUGCUGCAGAACGGGAACUGCUGCGACGGCACUCGAAACCCCGGAGAUAAAAAGUGCACCAGAGAUGAGUGUGACACCUACUUUAAAGUUUGCCUGAAGGAGUACCAGUCGCGGGUCACUGCUGGCGGCCCUUGCAGCUUCGGAUCCAAAUCCACCCCUGUCAUCGGCGGGAAUACCUUCAAUUUAAAGUACAGCCGGAAUAAUGAAAAGAACCGGAUUGUUAUCCCUUUCAGCUUCGCCUGGCCGAGAUCCUAUACGUUGCUUGUUGAGGCAUGGGAUUACAAUGAUAACUCUACUAAUCCCGAUCGCAUAAUUGAGAAGGCAUCCCACUCUGGCAUGAUCAAUCCAAGCCGUCAGUGGCAGACGUUGAAACAUAACACAGGAGCUGCCCACUUUGAGUAUCAAAUCCGUGUGACUUGCGCAGAACAUUACUAUGGCUUUGGAUGCAACAAGUUUUGUCGACCGAGAGAUGACUUCUUCACUCACCAUACCUGUGACCAGAAUGGCAACAAAACCUGCUUGGAAGGCUGGACGGGACCAGAAUGCAACAAAGCUAUUUGUCGUCAGGGAUGUAGCCCCAAGCAUGGUUCUUGCACAGUUCCGGGAGAGUGCAGGUGUCAGUAUGGAUGGCAAGGCCAGUACUGUGAUAAGUGCAUUCCACACCCGGGAUGUGUCCAUGGCACUUGCAUUGAACCAUGGCAGUGCCUCUGUGAAACCAACUGGGGUGGUCAGCUCUGUGACAAAGACCUGAACUACUGUGGAACCCACCCACCCUGUUUGAAUGGUGGUACCUGCAGCAACACUGGCCCCGAUAAAUACCAGUGUUCCUGCCCUGAGGGUUACUCAGGACAGAACUGUGAAAUAGCGGAGCAUGCGUGCCUCUCUGAUCCGUGCCACAACGGAGGAAGCUGCCUAGAAACGUCUACAGGAUUUGAAUGUGUGUGUGCACCUGGCUGGGCUGGACCAACUUGCACUGAUAAUAUUGAUGAUUGUUCUCCAAAUCCCUGUGGUCAUGGAGGAACUUGCCAAGAUCUAGUUGAUGGAUUUAAGUGUAUUUGCCCACCUCAGUGGACUGGCAAAACAUGCCAGCUAGAUGCGAAUGAAUGUGAGGGCAAACCCUGUGUCAAUGCCAACUCCUGCAGGAACUUGAUUGGCAGCUACUAUUGUGACUGCAUUACUGGCUGGUCUGGCCACAACUGUGAUAUAAAUAUUAAUGAUUGUCGUGGACAAUGUCAGAAUGGAGGAUCCUGUCGGGACUUGGUUAAUGGUUAUCGGUGCAUCUGUUCACCUGGCUAUGCAGGAGAUCACUGUGAGAAAGACAUCAAUGAAUGUGCAAGUAACCCUUGCAUGAAUGGGGGUCACUGCCAGGAUGAAAUCAAUGGAUUCCAAUGUCUGUGUCCUGCUGGUUUCUCAGGAAACCUCUGUCAGCUGGAUAUAGACUACUGUGAGCCAAACCCUUGCCAGAACGGUGCCCAGUGCUUCAAUCUUGCUAUGGACUAUUUCUGUAACUGCCCUGAAGAUUACGAAGGCAAGAACUGCUCCCACCUGAAAGAUCACUGCCGCACAACUCCUUGUGAAGUAAUCGACAGCUGUACAGUGGCAGUGGCUUCUAACAGCACACCAGAAGGAGUUCGUUACAUUUCUUCAAAUGUCUGUGGUCCUCAUGGAAAAUGCAAGAGCCAAGCAGGUGGAAAAUUCACCUGUGAAUGCAACAAAGGAUUCACUGGCACCUACUGUCAUGAGAAUAUCAAUGACUGUGAGAGCAACCCCUGUAAAAAUGGUGGCACUUGUAUUGACGGUGUAAACUCCUACAAAUGUAUUUGUAGUGAUGGAUGGGAAGGAACAUAUUGUGAAACAAAUAUUAAUGACUGCAGUAAAAACCCCUGCCACAAUGGAGGAACUUGCCGAGACUUGGUCAAUGACUUCUUCUGUGAAUGUAAAAAUGGGUGGAAAGGAAAAACUUGCCACUCUCGUGACAGCCAGUGUGAUGAGGCAACAUGCAAUAAUGGAGGAACAUGUUAUGAUGAGGGGGACACUUUCAAGUGCAUGUGUCCUGCAGGAUGGGAAGGAGCCACUUGUAAUAUAGCAAGGAACAGCAGCUGCCUGCCAAACCCCUGUCACAAUGGUGGUACCUGUGUAGUUAGUGGGGAUUCUUUCACUUGUGUCUGCAAGGAGGGCUGGGAAGGACCGACAUGUACUCAGAACACAAAUGACUGCAGUCCUCAUCCUUGUUACAACAGUGGUACUUGUGUGGAUGGAGACAACUGGUACCGCUGUGAGUGCGCUCCCGGCUUCGCAGGUCCCGACUGUAGGAUCAACAUCAAUGAAUGUCAGUCUUCACCCUGUGCCUUUGGGGCUACUUGUGUGGAUGAAAUUAAUGGGUACCGUUGCAUUUGUCCACCGGGUCGCAGUGGUCCAGGAUGCCAGGAAGUUACAGGGAGGCCUUGCUUUACCAGUAUUCGAGUAAUGCCAGACGGUGCUAAGUGGGAUGAUGACUGUAAUACUUGUCAGUGUUUGAAUGGAAAAGUCACCUGUUCUAAGGUUUGGUGUGGUCCUCGACCUUGUAUAAUACAUGCCAAAGGUCAUAAUGAAUGCCCAGCUGGACACGCUUGUGUUCCUGUUAAAGAAGACCAUUGUUUCACUCAUCCUUGUGCUGCAGUGGGUGAAUGCUGGCCUUCUAAUCAGCAGCCUGUGAAGACCAAAUGCAAUUCUGAUUCUUAUUACCAAGAUAAUUGUGCCAACAUCACCUUCACCUUUAAUAAGGAAAUGAUGGCACCAGGCCUUACCACGGAGCACAUUUGCAGUGAAUUGAGGAAUCUGAAUAUCCUGAAGAAUGUUUCUGCUGAAUAUUCCAUCUAUAUUACCUGUGAGCCUUCACACUUGGCAAAUAAUGAAAUACAUGUUGCUAUUUCUGCUGAAGAUAUAGGAGAAGAUGAAAACCCAAUCAAGGAAAUCACAGAUAAGAUUAUUGACCUUGUCAGUAAGCGUGAUGGAAACAACACACUAAUUGCUGCAGUCGCAGAAGUCAGAGUACAAAGGCGACCAGUUAAGAACAAAACAGAUUUCUUGGUGCCAUUACUGAGCUCAGUCUUAACAGUAGCCUGGAUCUGCUGUCUGGUAACUGUUUUCUAUUGGUGCAUUCAAAAGCGCAGAAAGCAGAGCAGCCAUACUCACACAGCAUCUGAUGACAACACCACCAACAACGUAAGGGAGCAGCUGAAUCAGAUUAAAAACCCCAUAGAGAAACACGGAGCAAAUACUGUUCCAAUUAAAGACUAUGAAAACAAAAACUCUAAAAUCGCCAAAAUAAGGACGCACAAUUCAGAAGUGGAGGAAGAUGACAUGGACAAACACCAGCAAAAGGCCCGGUUUGCCAAGCAGCCAGCGUACACUUUGGUAGACAGAGAUGAAAAGCCACCCAACAGCACACCCACAAAACACCCAAACUGGACAAAUAAACAGGACAACAGAGACUUGGAAAGUGCACAAAGUUUAAAUAGAAUGGAGUACAUUGUAUAGCAGACAGUUGGGUGCUGCCAUGCAGGGCCUUUAAAUAUCAUUAUAAAGGCACUCAAGAGCUUGUAGUUCUUAAACUGUUGUGUAAUAUUUGAGUCUAAGGCUAUUAUUUACUUAGAGUCCCUCUGUUAAUUUAAGUUUUGACAAGCUGGCUUACACUGGCAAUGAUAGUUGCUGUGGUUGGCUGGAAUACCAAGUGCUGCAUUUCACAUCUAUGCAAAACUAGUCAAAAGUGCCCUAAUGUAAAUUCAGCUGUAGCUGAUACAUCAUGGAAACGUUUCAUAAGGUAUUACAUAGCCUUAUUACUCUUCCUUAGUGUUAAUUUUUUUUUCUGCCAGAUGUCCCAAUUUAUACAGUUUCUUUAGAAUAAUACAUUUUAUUUAUAUUUAUUGAAUCUGAGUUUUUUGUAUAUUGGUUUUAUGGUGACGUACAACUAGUUCUGUAUUUGAAAGUGCCUUUGCAGCUCGGAACCACAGCAACUAUCAAAAAUAAGUUUAUUAUUUAUUUUUUUAUUGUAUUUUUGUUGGGGGAGGGUGGGGGGAACUUGUCAGCAGUUGCUGGUAAAUGAAGAAUUUAAAGAGGAAAAUGUGUCAAAAAUAGAAGUUUGUAUAGAUAUGUAAAUAAUUCUUUUUUAUUAAUCACUGUGUAUAUUUGAUUUAUUAACUUAAUAAUCGAGAGCCUUAAAAUAUCAUUCCUUUUUAUUUAUAUGUAUGUGUUUAGAGUUGAAGGUUUUUGAUAGCAUUGUAAGCUUGUGGCUUCUUCAUUUUGGAUUUAUUUUCUUGUUACAUGUUGCCUAUAUGCCAAAACUAAGGUGUUCUAAAAUAGUUUAUUUUUAAUAGGACGGGCUUUCAUGCCUUGAUGCUGGUUUUUGUACAAUGUCAAAUGUUUGAAACACCUUCCAUAGUAUCACUUUAAGACUAUUUGUAAGUACUGACUGAGGCAGUUUAGAUAAUUAGACUAGAAAAUUUUUUUUGCUGCUUUAGACUUGAAACCGAGUGACAGGCAGAUAAUCUGCUAAGAAGCAGUUUAAGGGAACAAAACUGAGCUAUUACUUUAUGUAGAUGAAAUGUGAGUGGUUGCAUGUAAUUAAAAUAUCAAAUUAGCGUGUGAAGUUGGAAACACAGCAAUCUUAUUUUGUAAAUUCUGAUUAUUUUUUUUCUCACCAUGAAUAUGUAAUACUGAACCACUUGUAGAUUUGAAUUUUUUUGUAAUCUACUGCAUUUAGGGAGUAUUCUAAUAAGCUAGUUGUUGAAUACUUGAACAGUAGAAUGUCCAGUAAGAUCACUGUGUAGGUUUGCCAUAGAUUACACUGCCCGCCUUAACAAGUGAGGAAAUCAAAGUGCUAUUACAAUGUUUAAGAUCAAAAGGCUUAUAAACAUACUAAUCUCGGUGGUUAACCAUUGAGAUCAUGAAGAUACCUUGUAUUGUGAUAUUAGUGUUAUAUGAAAAUGCAUCUUUGAUGUGUUGUUCCUGGCAAUAAAUCUUGAAAAGUAAUAUUUAUUAAAUUUUUUUGUAUGAAAACAUAAAA